AUGAGACACCUCUCUUUCUUUCUUUCUUUCUUCUUCUUCUUUUUCUUCUUUGUCCCUCACUUUCUUAUUAUGAUCUUCGCACAAUUCUUUUCUUCUUUUGAUUUUUGUACCCCAUUUUCCCUCCUUUUUUCUUUUUUCUUUCUUUAUUUUUCUUUUUUCUUAUUUUUUCUUUUUUUCUUAUUUUUUUCUUCUUCCUUUCUUUCUUUUUCUUUUGCUUUCUUUUUUCUUUCUUUUUCUUUUGUUUAUUGUUCUUUCUUUCUUCCCUUGUUUUUCUUCUUUUCUUUCUUUCUUUCUUUAUUUUUCAUUUUUCUUUUUUUCUGUUAUUUUCUUUCUUUCUUUUUUUAUUAUUCUGUCUUUCUUUCAAUUUUUCUUUUUCUUUUUUUUUCUUUCUUUCUAUUUUUAUUUGUCUUUCUUUCCUUUUUCUUUUUCUUUCUUUCUUUCUUUCUUUCUUUUCCUUUUUAUAUUUACUUCUUUCUUUCUAUUUUUCUUUUUCGUUCUUUUUCUUUAUUUUCUUUCUUUUUUAUUUCUUUCUACUUUUAUGUUUUUUUUUCUUUCUUUCUUUCUUUCUUUCUUUUCUACAUUUUUUCCUUUUACCAAUUUCUCUUCCCUUUCUUGUUAUUUAAAAUAUGUUUGCUGAUUUCCUCUCAAUCUAAUUGUCUUUUUUUUAGGAUUGCAAUUGUCAUGAGCAUUAUACUCACAGCAUAUUUGAUCAAAUAA